AUGCAAGAGCUACAGAGCAAGAGUGAGUACUACGUAUAUGGAUGCAAGAGCAGCAACAGACGAAAUAAUCACCACUACUAUGGUUUACGGUUUCUUUCCGAUUUUGAGAUUGUCCAAGUUGCCUUGAUCGAUCAAGACAACAUCGAAGAGGCGCUGGAACGAAUAUACAAACUGCAAGCGUUCCGACAGGAAUAUGAUUGUGUCAGUAGUUGUGUGGAGGCGCAUGGACAAGAUGCCAUUCAACGAUGCAUGGAUUUGUUUCCAGGAUUACUGCUCUCCGUUUCCUACCAGGCUUCUCUGGGCAACCAUGUCUUUGCCAGUGAUUUGACCAAGUUAUACAGGAGUAUUGUGGAGUCGUCGUCGUCGUCCGAAGACAUGACAGCGGUCGUGCUGGUCGCUUGCUAUGUUGUCUUUCAGGCAACCAAUCCAGACUUUGAAUCCAUGCGACAGGGAGUGGUACUGCUGGCAGAAUGUGGAGGCUUUUGUUGGACCAAGAAUUUCAAGUUGAGCUUGUUCCAAAAAUUUUGGGUGGAACUGGGGGGUGUCUAUCCCAUGAAACUAAAGAAACUCCGGCAUUUCCACACGAGCAUGUUCUUUAAUUUGCUGCAAUCCAUGGGAAGACCAUUCCUGCCAAAGGAUGUCAAGGAGGCAUUUGAGAUUGGGUGUUGUUCCGUGUUGGGACGACUGGACAAUGUCUAUCUUUCUCCCAGUGUGGCAGCUGCCAAUGCCAGAUUCAAGAGGCGGAUCAAGGUGUGCCUUCAAACCAGACAGGAAAAUGCCAGUAGUUUUAAGCUCUGAUUGAUUGAUGGAUGCAUUCAUUCAUUCAUUCAUUCAUUCUAACGCUAGAUGAUAAGUUGACAGAACAUAUUGUAUCACCGUCAGCAACUUCCGGGCCUGAGGACAGUGCCGUACAUCAACCCAAUGUUUAAAACUCAAUCAAGACCAUGGAUGCCAGUCCGUGUACUUGAGUGUUUGUUCGUACUUUGGCAAAGGAGAAUGGGCAAGUCAAGUAUUUGUGGUUCCUCGUGUUGGCCUUAGUUAGGGUGGUAAGAUGAUGCAAGCCAGAUUCCUGCUCGAGCAACGAAAGCCCAAAGCAGUUGCCUCCCGAAUGAGUCGAGUCAUGGCGCCAAGGCUUGGCCGAGACUAUUUGCAGCUAUUGUGCCGGUGCUGCCAUUCCUCCUAGCACAGCGGUCCGUUUCUUUUUGCAACUGGGAGUGGGGAGAGAAAGAGGUUGGCUCAGCCAACUAGCGCCCGGCCCUGGCGACCACAGAGCCAGAAAAACAACUGCUCAAAAGAUGUAAUUAUUAGAAAGAAAGGUCCAUUUUAACUACUGUUACAUACUACGGUACAUUCUGCUCACUACGGUACGAUUUCAUGGGCUUGAGGAUCACUUUUUCGCUGAGUUAUCAUCUUUGGUCCAUUGGAGUAUCCCACCAAUCCCAUUGCAUCAUCAAGGGCCAUCCUUGAUCGGCCAAGUGGUAUUCCCCAAACGGAGGACCCAUGUUUGGUGUGCCUUGUGGAUCAGGAGGCAUGACGUAUUGAGGGGGUGCAGCUGAGGAUUCUGUAGUACUACUAGAGUUCUGUUGCGUUUUCGUCGACAGCGCUGGGUCUCGAGCGUCUACUGGAUCAGCAAAACGUGCCGAUGGACUACGAGUAGCACCGCUUGCAGCCUUCUCUGUCAGUUCCGAGAGAGGGUCGGUCCUGUAGGAUGAUGGCAGGGGGAGGAGUGGUUGGAAGGCAUUGACGCGUUUCAAACACAGAGCAAGGAUAAGUAGGAAGGCUUGAGGCUUCAUAGUGGAUCCAUCCAGCGCUCUUUCGAGGAUAUCAAUAGAGGUGGUUCGUACUGUAUGUGUGUAUGUUGACGACUGUUUGUUUACUCGAUUGACACAAGUUGGAUGGGUUGAACAACCACUUCCCUAUUGUACUUCCUUCCUCGGCUCUUUGAACGUGAUGACAGUGACAGCCAAACUCCAGCUACCCCCCGUCCAAAAAUUGACACC